GUGUGUGUGGAGGGUCCUGACAACCAUAAAAACGUGGAGGUGUUGGGGGACGUUUGCCUUUCCAUCUCAGGUUUAAACCAUGGCCAAUGAACCUGUCAUCCUUAACGUGUAUGAUAUGUACUGGAUCAACGAAUACACUUCCAAUCUGGGCAUUGGAGUCUUCCACUCAGGCAUUGAGAUUUAUGGCAGAGAAUUUGCAUACGGGGGUCACCCGUACCCUUUCAGUGGCAUCUUUGAAAUCAGCCCCGGCAACGCCACCGAACUGGGAGAGACUUUCAAAUUCAAGGAGGCCAUUGUUUUGGGCACGACAGACUUCACGGAGGAGGACAUAGAUAAAAUCAUGGAGGAGCUCGGGAAAGAGUUCAAAGGCAACGCCUACCACCUAAUGCACAAAAACUGCAACCACUUCUCCUCCUCGCUGUCUGAGUUGCUGUGCGGACGGGAAAUCCCUCGCUGGGUCAACAGACUGGCGUACUUCAGCUCCUGCAUCCCCUUCCUGCAGAGCUGCCUACCGAAGGAGUGGUUAACCCCGGCCGCCCUGCAGAGCCACAUCAGCCUUGGCCUCCACAAGGAGGAGCAGAACGAGUCGAGCGACGAGGACCGUGCGUCCCCGUCCGGAGCCGGCGCCACCGGCUCCUCCCACAGCUGUCGCCACACGAGGGUGUGACCCGAACACUGACCUCUCCUGUGGACCUUCUUGCCACACCUCAGCUGGUGGCUCGAGUGGCAUUAGUAGGCUUGAAAAACCACCUGACCUCAUACUGUUUGUCCUCUGAGUAAAAGAGGCAGGGGAAGAAGAGACUUCAGACCUACAGCGAGUCCUUUCUACAGAAGACGGGACGACAAAGACAAACUUUGACCUGAGCACUGAAGCGUGGCUCAGGCUCGACAAGUAGAUCUGAAGUUUGUAGUCUAUUAUUAGUCUUUUCCAUGAACUUUUAAACCUUUGUCAGCCUUGUUCCCUGCCCUACCUUCAGAGCUGCUUUUGUAGAACAAGUAGAUACGGCUACAAACCACUAAUCUGCUCAAUUUCAACAAGUUCUCGUUCAAUAACCUCGAUGUGGCCUUCAGUUGAUCUCGUUGACCCUGCUUUCUGUUGUGUGGAGUAGUUAACUGUGGCCAUUUCAGAGGGUGUGAACCGGUUAAAGAGGAUUCGAUUGUUGGAUUGUUGGAGUUCAUGCAUGUUGUAAACCGAGACGGCACACUUCUGAUCAUAUUCGUUUCUCCUCUUGUUCCUUUUGUAAAAAAA